AUGCACCUGCCCUCAAUUCUUGAAAGUUUACAUUUGCAAGCAUAUACUGGGUCUAGCCAUCCGACUAAAACUUACCACCCCGCCUAUCGAGGCAAAGUCAAUACCGAUCGGAUUAAAAAGGAAGAGAGGACGCCCUACCAAGUCAAAGCCUGCAUUAAUAAUGCAAUAGCCACAUUUUUAGACCCACGGUACAAAGGAAAAUUCUUCAGUGAUAUUCUCAUAAAAGAAAUAAAAGAGAAAUUGCUUACAGCUUUAGAAACUGAAGAAAAUCCCACAGCCUCUAUAAGUACUGGAGUCAAACCAAUUACUGUUAGAAAAGGACAUUGCCAGAAUUUAGAAGAGUCUAUUGCUAAUAUUUUAGAUAGUGAUGAUGACGAUGAGCAAUCUGAAAAUCAAUUAUCAGAUACGAAAUCUAAUUUGAUCAUAGAAUAUAUGUCAGAAAAAAGAUUACCAAGAGAUCAAGACCAGUUAAAAUAUUGGCAGAUUAACAUUAAAAAGUUUGGAGGUCUCAGUCACAUUGCUCGCACAUAUUUAUCAUCACCUGCAACGAGCGUUCCAAGUGAGCAAUUUUUCAGUGCAGCAGGUAUUGUUUAUGAUCCUCGUCGUAACAGACUUUUGGGAGACAAAGCUGCCAAGUUACUCUUUUUUGAAAUACAAUUUACCAUUACUUAAUUUUAAUUAUAAUUAAUAUUUUUUUCAAGUUCUUCUAAUUUUCGCUAUUGCUCAUGUUAUCUAAUGUUUACACUUUAUAUGGUAGGUAGUACCUACCUACUAGGUACGCAGUAUUAAUUUACUUUAUUAGAAUAAUCAUUCAAUUAGAAUUUAUUUAUGGUUUUUUCAUCUCAUAGUUUUAAAAGUGAUCUUAUAACUUAUAACUUUCUAUUAUAUUGAUCUCAUUAUAAUUAUAAAAAAGAUUUAAGUUUUGGUUUUCUCAAUUUCUUAUAUUUAUAAAAGUGAUAUUAGAUAGUUGAUUACUACCUUUGAGUUAUGUAUUAUUGGUAUAUAAACUUACUACAAUAAAUGUUUGCAAUAUAAAGGUGCCAUAUAUUUGAUUUUAAGAAAUAAAAAAUACUUGAAUUGAAUUUAAUAGUUUUUUAAAUCUACCUAAUCACUUAUAUAUAGCAUUUCAUCCUAUCAAUUGAAAAUUAAUAAGUUAAAAGGUCCGUAAAAGAUCCGAGAGAAAAGUAACGGAUACGGAUCUUUCUUUUCCGUCGGAUAUCCGCGGAUACGGAUACGGAUAGGGAUAUUCGGAACUAGUAGGUACGUACUCUGUCGAGUGCAUUGACUUGCGAGGACCCGUAGGUAGUAUUACCCUAUGCUCUUAGUUAA